CUUCUUGGCUGUGGAACUCGAUCCUCCUACCUUGUCCUGAAGCCACCCGCUGCUUUUCCCCGGCCCUCCCUUCGUGGUGAUUUUCCUGUCCGGGACGCCCGGGAAGGGCGAGCGGCUGGUGUCCGCCCAGCCCGAAAGCUCUUGCAAGUAAAGAAGCAGCCCAGCCCUUUGUCCUGCGUUAUUUCUAGUGGAGGGGCUCCGACAGUUUAGCAGACAGGCUCCUGGGCCUCUGGGACGCUAACCACAUCCCUCACCUUCGGAGCCUUUGGGAAACAGAUUCCUAAAAGUGCAGGUUGUGCGAGACACCCAUCAUUUGGGGUCAUCUUCCUAAUAGCUCAAAGAGGUGGGCCAGCCAUGAGAGGGUACCUUGUGGCCAUAUUCCUGAGUGCUGUCUUUCUCUAUUAUGUGCUGCAUUGUAUAUUAUGGGGAACAAACGUCUACUGGGUGCCACCUGUGGAAAUGAAGCGGAGAAAUAAGAUUCAGCCUUGUUUAUCAAAGCCAGCUUUUGCCUCCCUCCUGAGGUUUCAUCAGUUUCACCCUUUUUUGUGUGCAGCUGAUUUUAAAAAGAUUGCUUCCGUAUAUGGUAGCGAUAAGUUUGAUUUGCCCUAUGGGAUAAGAACAUCAGCGGAAUAUUUUCGACUUGCUCUUUCAAAACUGCAGAGUUGUGAUCUCUUUGACGAGUUUGACAAUGUGCCAUGUAAAAAGUGCGUGGUGGUUGGUAAUGGAGGAGUUUUGAAGAAUAAGACAUUAGGAGAAAAAAUCGACUCCUAUGAUGUCAUAAUAAGAAUGAAUAACGGUCCUGUUUUAGGACAUGAAGAGGAAGUUGGGAGAAGGACAACCUUCCGACUUUUUUAUCCAGAAUCUGUUUUUUCAGAUCCCAAUCACAAUGAUCCUAAUACUACGGCUGUUCUCACUGCUUUUAAGCCGCUUGAUUUAAAGUGGCUGUGGGAAUUGUUGACGGGUGGCAAAAUAAACACUAAUGGUUUUUGGAAGAAACCAGCCUUAAACUUGAUCUACAAACCUUAUCAAAUCAGAAUAUUAGACCCUUUCAUUAUCCGAAUGGCAGCUUACGAACUGCUUCACUUCCCGAAAGUGUUUCCCAAAAAUCAGAAACCCAAACAUCCAACAACAGGAAUUAUUGCCAUCACUUUGGCCUUUCACAUAUGUCAUGAAGUUCACCUUGCUGGUUUUAAAUACAACUUUUCUGACCUCAAGAGUCCUUUGCACUAUUAUGGGAAUGCAUCCAUGUCUUUGAUGAGUAAGAAUGCAUAUCACAAUGUGACAGCGGAGCAGCUCUUUUUGAAGGACAUUAUAGAAAAAAACUUUGUAAUCAACUUGACUGAAGAUUGACUGUACAGACUCAGAAGAUGAAGCUAUUAGUUUUAUUUUUAUAUGGCAAUUUUUAGUUUAUUUUUACAUAUGUUGGAUGCACUUGUCAAAAAAUUGUGUAUAUUAAGUCUGUUGCUGCCUGGUGAUUCAUAACCACCAGCUUAAUUUCUGUGAAUAUAUUUAAUUUAUAAAAACCAAGAUAUGCUUAGUUAAGAUAUCAGGGAAAGAAAUUUUGAUUGCAUUGUUUUUAAAACAAGCUAGUUUAACGAAGUGUUUUUAAACAUCUUUUUAUAGACUUUUGAGGGGAUGAGACUUCCUAAUAAGGGGCUUUAGUUUACCACAAAUUUUGAACACAACAUUUGGCUACUGUAAAUGGGUAGGGAAUGGCCCUGUGGUUGUGCCUUGAUACGGCAAACCGGAACCACUUUAGGCAUGUAGCUAGAUGACUGUUUAGUUCCUUUUUGUUGUACUUGAGGAAACGGAUUUGAAUCUUAAAGCAGCCCUGAACACAGCAGUAGAUACGGUUAUGGAAAGCUAAGAUUAUACUAGUUUCAUUAGGUUUUUGUCCUGCAAUUAAAUAAGUAAACCAUGAUUAUAAUGAAUAAUCUGGUAGAAGGCAGGUGGUGUUUUUAAGGUGAGGGACAUAGGCUAAACAUGAAAUUCUGGAUGAGUAAAUAACACAGGAAUGCAAUUUCUAAACUCUGGUGACUGCAUUAUUUUAAAGCUCAUACAAAGAAGCGGAGCUAGGCAAGCUCAAGGAGAAAAUUCUUAAUUUUUUUUUGCCUGGCUUAAUAUAUUAAAAUUUGGAAGUUUACUAUUUGAAUUAAAUUAGGAAAAAUGAAGAUGAAUCCUUGAGACUCCUCAAGCCGUUUUUGGAUUUAAAUGGAACUUCGAUGAAAAAAUCUCAUCUUCAAAGGGAAGGCUUACCUGGCUACCUAGGGUGCAUCAGGGAAGAGUCCUUCUGGAUGCAAACAAGUCAAAAACAACCCUUCGAACAAAUGUGAGCUAGUCUCCCUUCUCGUUUGAUACAGCCAAUGGCUACGGGGAGGGAAAAAGGAAGAGAAGAGAAUUACAAGAGGGAUGGAAUUAAAAGUUUGCAGAAGAGGUAAGAGUUGAACGGAUUGUUAUCCUUUGAACAAUAAUCAUCACUAGGAGACGCUGCUGGUGUUACCGGAAACCCACCUGCCUCUCUAAAGAGAGUAUGUCAAACUCAGUAUAAGGGGGGAGAAAACUCCUGGUUGAUUUAAGCAGAUCUAGACAGUAAAUACAGACUCUGUGAGCACCAGCAUACUUGCGGAGUACCAUGGUUUCACUGGAUUCCUCUAAGAACUCAGGUGCAGAAGACGGGUGUUUGUGUGACCUUUCCCUCAUACCACACAGCCGGAGUUUGCAGCCUGGCUGCUGAAGUGCAGUUUGUGAACUAUUUUAGGCUUCAAAAACGAAUGGUCCUGGCUGUAGUAAAAGUAAAAAACCACCGGUAGCAUUUUCAAAUGUUACUGUAAGGUCUAGAAUAAUGGCAGUACAAUUUCAGACUGAUGCUAAAAUUGAGGAAGUGGGCAUUUUGUGUAGUAUGAGAAAAGGCUGCAAACUUCAGCGUGAUUUUAUAUAAGCCAAAGGAAAUUCUCAGCAAGACACAUAUAUACAAUUUAUUAAAAACACAUGAACACAUUAAAAUCUCACUAUUUAUACAUUCUAAAUUCUAGCAACAUAUACAAAUACUGAGUGACUACAGUACAUGCCGAGGUAAGAAAAGUACAUUCUGGGAGAAUAUCACUGACCCUCAAGCCAUUUUUAUUUCUAAUAUGUGUUUCAAUAUAUGUUUUGUUUCCACCUUUCCCAGUGCCAAAAAAAAAAAAAAAAAAAAAAAAAAACACCUAGUCACAAAUUGGA